AUGAAUUCACUGAUUAAAAGUACUUUAAAAAUAAGAACAGCCACUAAUGUUUUCAAAAUUUUGGCAGCACAAAAUAGAAAUUUCACAAUAAGUCAGGCAAGUUUCAAGCAAGCAGAGGUAGAAGCUAAGAAUCCUGAGACACCACUUAAGUUCUUUGGAUCUGGUGCUCAAACUUUUAAGACAAAAUCUAGUCGAGUUGGCUCAUUUGAUCCAGAUGAAAUUCCAUGGUUCCAACCAUAUCUCGUCAUAGGAAGCGUUGCCAUCUUCAUGCUCUAUUUCUGCGUACUUAGAGAAGAAAAUGAUGUGGAUGCUCAUUUAGGAAAGUCACUUUUCGAGCAAGUUCCAAGUCUCGAGUCUACAACAUUAAUUAGCUUAUAUAAAUACAAUUCAGAAAAUAAUAUAGACAAUACAGAUGUGAUUAAGCGACUUCUUGAGCUUGGAGUAGAUCCACGCCAAAUUCAAUAA